AUGGAGGGAAGAGACGUGCGUGUCGGCAACUUCCAGUUCACCAGCGAGUCGGUGUCCGAGGGGCACCCUGACAAGGUCUGCGACAGGAUCUCCGACGCCAUCGUCGAUACCUUCCUGACCCACGACCCCCUCUCGCGCGUCGCGGUCGAGACCCUGACCACGACCAACCGGAUCGUGCUGGCCGGCGAGGUCCGCGGCUCCGAACUGGUGACCCAGGAACUGCUGGAGGAGGUCGCGCGCUACGCGGUGCGCGACAUCGGCUACACCGAAGACCUCAUGCCGGCGCCGAUCCACUUCAGCCACAACAUCCUGAAGUCCCUGGCCGAGGCCCGCCAUUCCGGCGCCGAGCCGGGGCUGGCGCCCGACGCCAAGAGUCAGGUCACCCUGGCCUACGAGGACGGCAAGCCGGUGCGCGCCACUUCGGUGGUGGUCUCCACCCAGCACCACGCCGACCUGACCCAGGAGGAGGUGCGCGAGAUCGUCCGUCCCCAUGUGGUCAACGUCCUGCCCCAGGGCUGGAUGUGCCCGGAGGAGGAGUUCUACGUGAACCCCACCGGCCGCUUC